UUCACCCAAGACAUGAAGAGCUGCAAGGAGUGGCGGAGGGAGCGAGCUGGUGCACGAGCGACGGCUGAGAGUGCAUGAGAGCACCGAGAAGGAAAACAGGUCGAGGAGUGAACACGGAGGAGGGAGAGAGUGGAAGACGGAGCAAUAGGUGGAGCACCAAGAAGAGGAGAGUGCAUCUGUUGACUCGCAUCUUCUGAAGACUGAACCUAGACACACAGGUGUUACAGCUGAAGAGUUGCAAACCAAGUAAAUCAUGGCCAACAUCACCACCACUAUACACCCAAGUAAUCUCCCAUGGCACCCAGACGCGGCCCCUCUCUCCCACGUCUCCUUGCAGGUCCAGGAGGUCUACCCUUUCCAUGACGGAUGGAAUGUGGCCUGCUUCGUCAUCCUUCUGCUCUUCAUCCUCACUGUCCUGUCUCUGGCUGCUUUGGCUGUGCUCUAUGAGCUACUGGACUGUGGGUGCUGCGCUAAAGGGAAGACACAUCAGCAGCUACAGGAGGAGGGGCCGGGAAGCUGCAGCAAGCUCAUGACCAGCAUUUGCAAGGAGCCAGAAUCCCACACUGAGGUGGUAUAGGGUCUGCCAGGAUGAAAAUGAGGAAGAGCAUUCGGGUUUCAUUGCUGAAAUGGGCAAUGCCACAACGUUAAACCUGACGCCCUGAGAAAAGAACUUCUAAAUCUGCCCAACAGUGGCUCAAAUACUCACAGUUAGGAGGAUACGGAGGGAAGAGGCGAGAUAAGUUAACAGAACAACGUAAAAAAGGAAGAGGGCGGUUUGUCACCGAUUUGGAGUGAGUCUAAUUAACUUUUCAUUUCAGUUAGGAGGGAGUCUUCACACAUCUACUUUCACUACCACUUAACACACAGGGCAGACCCUGAAAGCCACGUUUUACACCAAAAAAACUACCAGAAGAAAGACAGAGCUCUCAAGUAGCCUAAUGAUAAUAGUACUAGAAAUAGUACUUACAGUGUGGCCGGAGAAACAUGUUAACAUAAUAAACAAUAGUCAGACCCAAUAACAGCUUGUUUAAAAAACAAGUAUUCCUGUUCAGUGACUCUGCCCUGUUAUUACUGCACGUACUUGUGACCUGCUUUAUGCAAAUGAGCUUCUAUGAGACAUGUAAAAUGUUGUAUACAGACAGAAAAAGCUGUCCAAAUCCAAAGACUUAUCCUCGUUUCCAACAGAAACUAACAAACAACAAAAAUAUGAUCAAGCUUAUUUGGACAGCAUCGUUGCAUUUGGAUAAAGCCUGUGUUUCUCUGUUCUUUAGUAAAUUGUAUGCCAGUGUUGUCAACAUGUUUAGCAUUGCAACAUUAUCUCAUGACAAGUGACACUUGAUUGCUGCACAGUGAUGUAAUUUAUCAUGUCAUAUUGAGCACAGUGUAUGAUUUCAUAUGCCUUACCACAAAAUGCCUAAUAAAUUGUCACUAAAUUACAUACAAGAGUUUUUUUCCUGCUAAAAGAACAGACAAAUAAAGUGAACAGGAAAAGUAAGGAUAUGAAAGGUAGAACCAUGCCUGAAUAAAUAAAAAGCAUUGUUUUUUUGUCCGUA